UAACACUUUUCCACGGUGCAUUCUAUAUAAAAACCAGAUCGUAUUCAUCUGAAAUAUUGUCAAGUUUACUGUUAAACGGUCAACAUGUUCAAGUCUGUACUUUUGGUCUGCGCUCAGGCGCUCUUGAUCCAGUCUAUCGCUGGACAGUACAUCGGAGCUGGAUGUGGCGGUGCUCCCUACGGUCUCGUCGGUGGUUGUGGUUGCGGAGUUGCUGCUAUCCCUGCCUCUAGCGGUGGUGGUCUCGGUGUCGCCAGUGCUUCUCCUAUCCCACCAAACGGAGUGUCUGUGCUCUCAGAAAACGCUAUCGAAGGACCUCUCGCAGUCGCCGGUGCUCUACCGUUCUUGGGAACCGUCGCUCUGGAAGGUAUUCUGCCAACUGCUGGUGCUGGUGCAGUCAACUACGGAUGUGGCAAUGGAGCCGUCGCCAUUUUGGAGGAACUCGCUCCCGCUGGACUUGCUGGCCCACUCGGCUACGGCCUUGGUCCUUACGGCGCUAUUGACGGCUACGGCAUCGGUGGCCUAGCUGGACCUUACCGUGCUGGUUGCGGCUGUGGUGCCCUCAUCUAAAACAAUAUUAAUCUGUUCUUCGUGUCAAAUAAAAACGAUUAAGCAUAA